GGCUCAACUUGAAAAUAGAGAUGAAGGAUUAUCGAAAAGGCUGGCAGAGAUCGAUGUGAAUAGGUCGUCAUUAUACCCCCGUAGUGUAGAAGAGAGACGAAGCCUGUCCGUCUUCCUAUUGGAAAUCCAUAUGUUCUGUACCCGUGUCCCACCAACCAUUACAAGAACGGCACCAGCGCGAAGACGGCCAAGAAACGAUAUCGGAUUGCGCUGUGUCUUGGCAUUCUGCCUUUCCUUCUGCUGUUCAACCACGAAGGCAGGCUGCGUCGUCGUGCCACGGGCAUGUCUUUUGCUAUCUAUAGCCUUCUAUAGCGCGCUUCCUAGCGAGAAAUACAAGCGCUCUGCACGUGUCAUUGACGCACGUAGCUUUAGAAUCGGGCGGGAGAGAUUCCUUUCGAAAACAUCAAGUAAUAGCCAGCCACUUUCUUCAUUCACUUGUAACCGAGUGCCGCCGCGGGAGAGGAUCAACCCGGCCAUGCAGUUUAAAAUACAACUAUUUCCGCACGACUUUUUCUCUCUCUCUCUCUCUCCCCCUGCGCUCGACACAUUCAAUUCUUCCUCAUCAUCGAUUGGCGCAUUUUUCUCUUACUGACUUGUCUCUUCGGCGAACGUCCUCCAGGUAGAAGAAACCGACGAUGAUGAAAAAGUUUCUCGCUUCAGGCCACAUCACACCGCGCAUCGGUCCGGGUUUCCACAGAGACAUGGAAACGCCCCCUUCCCGUCGCCUACACCCAUCACACUGGGUGCAAACGGCGAGACUUCGCGAGAACGC